CCGAACCAGAGUAUUUUUUUAUUCAUUUUGAACGUGUUGCUGCCUUGCAUGGUUGGCCCGAAGAUAAGUGGGUAUUACUUGUACAUAGCGCAUUUGUUGGCAGAGCACAAGAGGUUUUCUCAGCUCUGGAUUUGGUACAAUCACAGAAUUAUUAUGUUGUAAAAGAGGCUGUGUUAAAUGUUUAUAAAAAGGUACCAGAGGCUUAUAGACAAGAUUUUCGAAAUUGUCGUAAAGAUGGUAAACAAACUUUUGUUGAAUUUAUCCGCCAGAAGCAACUAUUGUGUAAAAAGUGGGUCGAGAGUGAACUUGAUGCACUCCAGUACGAUAAAUUAUUAGAACUGUUUAUACUCGAAGAUAUAAAGAAGUGCAUGCCUGUAAAGGUUCGCUCUCACAUUGACGAGCGUGGUCUGCGCACAUUAGCCGAGGUCGGUAGUGCCGCCGAUCAUUUCGUUCUCACUAAUCCUAACUACUAUUGCAGAUCUAAUGAACCUUCAUUCCCGUCAAACCAGCAUAAUAGUAAGAGGAUGGAGUAUAGUACCAGGAGGACUGACCUGCCAGAUACCCACAGGACUGUAAAUGCAAAGUCGUCAGAAACAGGUGGUGAGAGUAGGAAUAUUGCCUCUCGCGGAUUUAUUAGUGCUGAUGAAUCGUGCACGUCUUCUUCCCCAGUCACUAUACUACGGGACUCGGCUGCAGAUAUAUCAUUGGUGCUCAAAGAGGCUGUUCCUAACCCUGAUUGUUACACUGGAGACAUGGAGUAUGGUAAACUAUUCAGUGAUGUACCUCGUCUUUGCCCAUUGCUGGAACACGAUGUUGAGCCUAGGGAUGCUCCAAACCAGUACGCCAAGCUCCCUAUCGCCUCAAUGCAGAGAAGAGGGCAUUCCUACAAGCAGAGGUUCAACGCCUGA